UGAGUUGAGGGGGAAAAAAAGGCUCCUGCCCUCUUCUCCUCUCCACUGUCAGUCCUCCUGAGCACUGAUAUGUUGUUCUGCGUAAGAGGAACUCAGUGCGCACUCCUGCUUCCCAUCCACUCCAACAUCUGUGCGCGCAAUACAUGUCAUACAUUGUUUUCUCAUUGAGGAUUUUACUAUUAUGGUAUUCAGUUUUACUGCCAUGGCAAGUUGGUCACUUUUAUUUUUAUACUUCUUCCAGGGACAGUUUCCCGUCAUUUUUGGGCAGCAGCAGCAGCAGCGCACAGCUGGGCCCUGGCGGCACCGGAUUCAUUGGGAGAACAAUGGGCAGGUUUACAGUUUAAUGAGCACCGGAUCAGAGUACCAGGACCCAGCUCGGUCCAGAAGCCAGUCGAGGGUUUAUGUUAGCAGUAGGAGGGAUGGCACCUGGAGCCAAAUGCCGGGAGCGCACAGAGGAGCGUCGCUUGUGAGGGCCGGACAGGGUGAGUCCAGACCAGUCAGGACUGAUCGCGGUGUAGUGUCGCGAUCUUUGACACCAGGACACGACGGCAGACAGUUUGUGCCUUUUAAUACUCAUGCGUCAGGGACCAGGCAGCUGCCCGAGCGCCCCCGUGGAACAGGAGCUGCAGGUAAUCCAGGUGCACGACGUUUUAACCCUGAGCCCACCAACAGCAUCGACGCCUCUGCACCAGUGCGCACCGCGGGAGGAGAACCGGAGCCCGGUGCGCAAUACCAACAGUUACGCGCGGUGCCACAAGCAGUGUCUGUCUUCAGGCACCCCGCGCAGACCGGUCUCUCCAUCCCUGCACAUCCCUCAACGUUGGAAAGAGAAUCUGAAGGCCCCGCGCCGCUCCCUGCACUUCCACGAGAUGUUUCAAACGAGGCAGCCACAAAUGGAGAGGAGAUGGUUAACGACGACCCUCGAAACCCCGUUAAAAACCACAGGAAUUCGGUUUUCUACAACAUGUAUCCCCCAAGAGGGGGGCCAGGGGCGCGCACGCAGCGUCCACCCAGCACAGGGUAUGGAACAAGAUAUUUUCAAAAUGGACUGCCAGACCUUGUGCCCGACCCGUAUGCCAUCCAAGCAGGUGCCUAUGUCCAGCGUAUGCAGAUGUAUGCGCUCCGCUGUGCAGCAGAGGAGAACUGUCUGGCCAGGUCAGCGUAUGGCCCCGCUGUGCGAGACAUCGACUUCAGAGUCCUCCUGCGGUUCCCCCAGAAAGUGAAGAAUCAAGGCACCACCGACUUCCUCCCCGUCAAGCCGCGGUAUCAGUGGGACUGGCACAGCUGCCACCAGCACUACCACAGCAUGGACGCCUUCAGCAACUACGACCUGUUGGACGCCGUCACCGGACGUAAAGUAGCCGAGGGACACAAGGCCAGCUUCUGCCUGGAGGACACAGGCUGUGACCCUGGAUUCAGGCGGCGCUACGCCUGCACAUCCCACACACAGGGCCUGAGCCCUGGAUGCCAUGACAUCUACGCUGCCAACAUUGACUGUCAGUGGAUCGACAUCACUGAUGUGCCUCCAGGAAACUACGUCUUGAAGGUUACUGUCAAUCCCAAUUUCCAUGUCCUGGAGUCGGACUUCACCAACAACGUAGUGAGAUGUGACAUCACUUACACAGGAAUUUAUGUUCAGACGCGCAACUGUCGGGUAACAAGGGGUUGAAAUCAUCAUUUCCUGUAUCAUCUGCAGGGAGUUUUACAGCAAACAUCUCUCCCGGAACUUUACAGCAGCAUCAACACUCUGAAUAACAAACUGUGUAAUAGGUGAAGUGUUCAAUACAGCCGUAACCCCGCGCAAUGUUGACUUCUGUGUUGUUUAUUGAUAUUGAAUGCAAAAGUUUACACCAAUUUUGAAAAUGGAACUAGUGAGAUCACCAGCUAUAAGCAUUUCUACUUAUGUGGCUUGAUUCAUUGCAUUUUUUUUUUUCGCCUUAGCAAAUACAAGUACUGUGUCUGCAUAGGUUCGUUUCUUCAAUGCAUGUUUUUUUUUCUUACCUUAUGUUGGUCUUUGUCUUGUUUUUCUACCUGGUAUUAUUAAUACGUGCACACCAUUAGUUGUUACAGGUUUAUUUAAAGGAUGAGAUAUUCUAUCAUUUUUGUUAAUGGCAACAUAUCUCAUGAAUCAUCUCAUAAAAAAACAAAACCAAUGACGCAUUAACUCGUCUCUCGACACUUGGUGACUUCUCUGCCCCGUUUGUGGCUCUCAGACAUGAGCCCACUGGUUUCUACUGAAGAUGCAAAUCUUUAAGAAUGGGUCACAAAAAUAUAAAGUUUCAUUAAAAAAAAAUAAUAAUGAUUUUCUAAAACAGCUUGGCACUGUACCAGUGUUGGUUUUGGUCUCUCAGAUACUAAAUGCAGUAUGUUGGAGUAUGUUUAUACAGUAUGAAUGUUUACUUGUGUAUAUCUGAGUGAAUGGAACAUGUUGAUAGCUGUAAUGUAAAACUGUUGAUAUUGCUGAAACAUUGUUGAAAAGUGAUCUCAUUCUGUUAGAUUUAAUGCAAUAAAGUCGGCGAGGAGUGAGUUUUUAUCAUCCAAAAAAUCUUCUUCUGUGAUCUUUUGAAUUAAUAACCACAUGCGUCAGUUUAAGUCAGAAUUUCAAAACUGAAACAGUGGAGAAAAUCAUCCCCAUUUUCGUUAUAAAAAUUGCCAAGGACCAUGAUAGAAUAUAUACUUCAUUUCAAAAGUGGCUUGUUCAUGUGAGCGUGUCUCUGCAGGAGGGAACCAGUGUUCCGUCCUCGUCCUGUCCCGUUGAAUGGGGGAGCUUUACUUUGAGUGAUGCGUGCAGAUUGUGGCCCUCGGAGACAAACAGGCCCGCAGACAGGCACUGGCGGCAUGUUUGCUGACAGGCCUCUGUGAAGACACAACCGGCAGGAUCUUAUACAACCGUGCCACAUCUACUAAAACACAGUUCGAGCACGAUGAAUGGAGGCCCUUUCUCACUCUUUUCCUCCUCGGCACAUGUAAGAGGGAAGCGUCUCUCAACUGCCGGCCCAGAAUUCAACACGUCGCCUUCAUUCACCUCCAAAGGAGGGGGAUCGUCCAGGACGACAGCUGACGGCAACGACAUAUUUUGCCGGAGCUGGACGAUUGACGGAAGCCAGAGAAUAUCCCCAAAGAUAUUUUUACCUGAAGACAAACUGUGUUUGUGCGGUAGGCACUAGACUGUUUCAAACAGCAAAAGAAUGGCAGGACAGGCACAAAAAGCUGUGUAUUCACUCCGGAGUGGGGAGUGACUCACCUGAUCCAAAGAUGUUUCUACCUCGAACCAAUCGCUCAUUCAAAAGCGGUUUAUAUAUUGUGAGGCGAUUUUGAGCGAUGUACUGGAAAACAUGCGGCCAACACCCGGACAAUGUAUGCGCUAUUAAAUGCACAGAUGCUUGGUAUUUACAGUGAAACAGAGCCCAGCUUAUGAACGCAGCGAACCGGGGAUAUUAAGCCCAAUUGAAACGGUUUACGCUGGAAGUUGCCAAGGUGCUUCCCUGCCAGAAUGGAUUCUCCAUGUUAUUGAGAGUGUCUGGAAAAAAAUCCCCCCCGACUGCUGUGUAGUCAACUCCAUUCCUCUGUCUGUCUGCAAAUUUUCAGGACAAUAUUUACCGUCAAUGACUACGUCAGCCAAGGAUCUCUGUGGGGGGGGGACGUGUCCUGAAGAGACGUCAAACCAGACUAAAACUCGACAGUUUACAGCAUUUACCACCUCGACAUUUUGACCUCGUGAUGGCGCUCCCCACGGUUUCAAUUCAUCCCAAAGGGGAACGUGGAUGUAGGUAUCGAACUUCACAGAAAUCCAUCCAAUAGUUUGUCAAGACAUUUUGACAAAAAUGAAAUUACCAAAAAUGGGACCAUCACAACGGCACUGGAAGAAAAGGCAGAGGGGCCAGUGAGCUCAUUGGAACUGAUCCUCUGUGGAUAAUGAACGUCUGUACAACGUUUCAUGGUAAUCCAGAGGAAAGUUGUCUGAAUAUUUCAGUCUGGAGAGAAAGCAGUGAACCAACCAACGAACAGCAAACUAUAUUCCCCUCGAGCCAGAAGGCGUAGUUACAUGACAGCGGUCCCUCUCAUCCAAGUCAAUACAUAAUAAAACAGCAAUACAGCCAAACAUCAAAAUGACGGAUGGUCCAGGAAUUAUUUUUUUUUGCCAUUUGGUUUGCAGACUAGUCGCACCCUAGUCGAGACAUCGUUUUUUUGCAUCACCCAUUCGAAUCCAAAGGAUGUUGAACAUUAACUUGUUCUAUCGCAAGCCGGUCAUGUGACGAGUGUUGGGGCGUGCUCAGUUCCUCAGUGCUCAGCUGGCCUCCUCCCUUUUGGACCAGCGUGUCAUUUUAAACAUGCCAUGCUGCAGAGAAGACGGUGACUGUUUGCUCAGCUGUGGCGCUUCACACCAACAUCUGGACGGAGUCUCUCGUUAGUCCUACACAAGCAGCGGCAAAGAAAGGCCAAGUUGGCACCUUUCAUCCUCAACAAAUACAACCCAGCGUACAGGUGGGUGAGGCGAGGAGGGGACGCUGGACACACCGUCGCAGGCGGAAACGUUCCCCCGACGCAUGUGCAGGCCGGCGGGCAGUGUUUAGAGAGGUUACCGAGGGCAGGGUUCUGGGAUUUGCAGGUCAUAUUUCAACAAAGCGGGGGCCACGUGAGAGCCGGCAGGGACGCAACAAAGGAACACGCUCAGCCCACAGGCAGCAUCUUGGCAGGUUGGUUUAGGCACCGAGCAGAGAAAUUCCUCGGCAGUUCUGUCGUCCCGUCGAGAUUAAGAACAGCGCUGAGGUCAGCCGCAGAUCAGCGAGGGGGCGUUGGGGGGCAGACACACUG